UUGAUUCACCGAAUUGUAAAUUCACGUGGGUCGCGGUGUGACUUGGAGAGCCUGCAGAUUGUGUCGUCGUUAGUUGCAAAUUCGUCGAUGCAAAGAUCAGCAGCUUAAAGCUGAGGGUAACCAAUCAUGGGUAUACUCGAAAAAAUAUCGGAAAUCGAAAAAGAGAUCGCUCGGACGCAAAAGAACAAAGCGACGGAAUACCAUCUCGGUCUCUUGAAGGCAAAGUUAGCCAAGUAUCGCUCUCAGUUAUUAGAGCCGUCAAAGAAAUCUGAAAAGGGAGAAGGAUUCGAUGUAUUGAAAUCAGGGGAUGCGCGAGUCGCGUUGAUCGGGUUUCCCUCUGUGGGUAAAUCUACUUUACUCAGUACCCUGACUCACACCGAAUCCGAAGCUGCGUCUUACGAAUUCACAACGCUUACGUGUAUCCCAGGUGUAAUCGAAUACAAGGGAGCAAACAUACAACUUUUAGAUUUGCCUGGUAUUAUCGAAGGUGCCGCUCAGGGAAAAGGAAGAGGGAGGCAAGUUAUAGCUGUCGCGAGAACGGCUGAUUUGGUAUUGAUGAUGUUAGACGCUACGAAACAAGAUGUACAACGACAAUUAUUAGAGAAAGAAUUGGAGUCUGUUGGUAUAAGACUGAACAAACAGAAACCCAAUAUAUAUUUUAAAAUAAAGAAGGGCGGGGGGCUGUCUUUCAACUCUACUUGCCCGUUGACUAAAGUCGACGAGAAGUUGGUUCAAAUGAUUUUACACGAGUAUAAAAUAUUCAAUGCUGAGGUAUUGUUUCGCGAAGACUGCACCGCCGACGAACUCAUCGAUGUUAUCAAUGCAAACAGAGUAUACCUACCGUGCUUGUACGUAUACAAUAAGAUUGAUCAAAUAUCUAUAGAAGAGGUCGACAGAAUCGCGAGGCAAAGCAACAGCGUCGUAGUUAGUUGCAACAUGAAGUUGAAUUUGGAUUACUUGUUGGAGGUUCUGUGGGAAUAUUUAUCUCUCAUCAGGGUUUACACUAAAAAACCUGGUCAACCGCCAGACUUUGACGAUGGUCUGAUUUUACGGAAGGGAGUCACGGUCGAACAUGUCUGUCACAGCAUUCAUCGCACUCUCGCUGAACAAUUCAAAUAUGCUCUUGUUUGGGGCACGAGCACAAAAUACUCACCCCAAAGGGUAGGAUUGCAACAUAUAAUGCAUGAUGAAGAUGUGAUACAAGUGCUCAAGAAAUAAAUUAAUGCAAAUACUUUGGUUUGCCCGAUAUACCAUGGUAUGAUGUACCAAUAAUCAUGGUGAACGAUAUCAUCUGCUUUCGCAAAGCCUAAUGUAUAUUUUAUAUAUUCUAAAAAUAAGCACUCCACAAA